GAGAAAGCAGACAGACACAGAGCAGGCAGCAGGAGCCCUUUAACUACUGCUACUCUAACUGCCUACAUGGAUAAUCUACUGGCUGUUCUAUUACCCGUUCCCUGAAGGGCAUUUCUCUCCGAGUAACCCUAAAAGGAACUUUUUCUUAAUCUGAAGAUCAUUUUGGUACAGAGUUGUGCAGGAAAGAGAAUCUCAGCUGAGCCCCUGGGGUGGUUUGAGUGCAUGGAGGCUGAUUGGAGGCGGCUGUCCAUCCUGGAAGGCUCGUUGUGAGGUGAAAGGUCAUCAGUCCGAGCCCAGAGUCAUCUGUAGCCCCAGAGGAGCUGCCCGGCUUCACUUUUACAACAGAGCACCAGUCUCCCAUUCAGGGAGCCCAGACCUACAGGAAGAGAGGAAAUAUACACAGGGGAGAAGAACACACUCUUCAUGAAUUCCCCAAAAUCGUGAAAGACAAACCGUAUGAGUCCUCCUCUCGUGAGGAGAGGAACUAUGUGGACAAUAAGCAUGGCCCAGCUCUGUCUCCCAGCAUUCAUUCUCCUACUGGCCUACGCCUUUGUCCAAGCAGCUGCCACCGAGGACGAUGUCACUCCACGACUCAGCUUCACUUACAAUGCAAAUGAGAGGUCAGCCAAGAGAUUCUCUGUGGAUGGAGUCUUCAAUUAUACCUCUCUGCUCCUCAGUAGGGAAGAUAACAUGCUCUAUGUUGGAGCACGAGAGGAGCUCUUCGCCCUCAACCUCUCUGAUAUCAGCAGAGUCAAGCUACAACGUAAUCUGACAUGGAGCACCCAUGAGAGGAAGAGAGAUGAGUGCAGUUUCAAAGGCAAAGACCUACAGACUGAUUGCUUCAAUUACAUCAAGAUUUUACUGCGUGUGAACAGUACCCAUCUAUACGUGUGUGGAACCUACGCCUUCAGUCCAAUCUGUGCGUACAUAAACACAGCUGACUUCACUCUGGUGAGGAGCCAGACUGGGGAGAUAGUGACAGAGGACGGACGUGGCCGCUGCCCUUUCAACCCUGAGUACAAGUCCACUGCCAUCAUGGCUGAUGGAGAGCUGUAUGCUGGGACGGUCAGUAAUUUCCAAGGAAAUGAACCUAUUAUUUACAAGAGCCUGGGCCAAGGCGCUGCCCUAAAAACAGAAAACUCCUUGAACUGGCUUCAGGACCCAGCCUUUGUGGGCUCUGCCUACAUUCAGGAGAGCCUGCCCAAAGGCAACCCAGUGGGCGAUGAUGAUAAGAUUUACUUCUUCUUCAGCGAAGCGGGAAAGGAGUUUGAAUUCUUUGACAACACCAUUGUAUCGCGCAUCGCUCGCGUGUGUAAGGGUGACAAAGGAGGAGAGAGGGUGCUGCAGAAGAAAUGGACCACCUUCCUUAAAGCCCAGCUCCUGUGUUCACUGCCUGAUGAUGGCUUCCCCUUCAACAUCAUCCAGGACAUGUUUGUGUUGACACCCAGCCCAGAAGACUGGAAGAACACUGUGUUCUACGGGGUCUUUACUUCACAGUGGUAUAAAGGGGCCUCUGGCAGCUCAGCAGUGUGUGCCUUCACCAUGGACCAGGUGGAGAGGGCCUUCAGCGGCCGUUACCGUGAGGUCAACCGGGAAACCCAGCAGUGGUACACCUACAACCACCCUAUCCUUGAUCCACGGCCUGGAGCGUGCAUCACUAACGCAGCCCGGGAGCAGGGCAUCUCCUCCUCUCUACAUAUGCCUGACAAGGUACUGAACUUCGUCAAGGACCACUUCCUGAUGGACAGUGUGAUCCGCAGCCAGCCACUCCUGCUGAAACGCAGCGUCCGCUACACUCAGAUAGCUGUCCACCGGGUCCAGGCCAUCCACAAACACUACAAUGUGCUCUUCAUUGGAACAGAUGAUGGAAGACUCCACAAAGCCAUUAAUGUCAACAACAAGAUGCACAUCAUUGAAGAGAUGAUGCUUUUCACUGACCCCCAGCCUGUACAGCACAUUGAACUGGACUCUGAAAAGGGCCUGCUGUUUGUGUCCUCCUACUCUGGCCUGGUGGAGGUCCCGGUGGCUAACUGCUCCAACUACCAGAGCUGUGGAGAGUGUGUCCUGUCCAGAGACCCUUACUGUGCCUGGGAAGGGAGGCAGUGUCUGAAUGUCAGGCUGGGUGGGCUAGAUAACCACUGGCAGCAGGACGUGGACGAGGCAGACACAUCCGUUAUCUGCAACAAGACACAGCCCAGCCCUCGCUUUGCUAAACCCCCACCUACACGGAUGUCUUCAUGCCAGGUGAUAAUGAUACCAGCCAACAUGUUCAAAGUGCUGCCCUGUAAGCUGCGCUCCAACCUGGCUGAGAGGAAGUGGGAGUACAGUGAGGGUGCAGGUCACUUCCUGUACCCCAGUCCUGAGGGAGGUCUAGUGGUGGUGGCCCAGGCUGACAGACAGGAGACCUAUGAGUGCUGGUCAGUAGAGGAGGGCUUCAGGCAACUCCUGGCCAACUACUGUGUUAGGGGAGAGGCCAGGCAGGAGAGCACCACCCUCAUUGGCCGCUCACGCACCCCUCUGGUCCCACAGGAGGAGCCAAUCAUCCUACCUGGAGAGACCCGCUCCCCACAGAUCAACACCAAGACCUACUGGAACGAGCUCAUCGUUGUGUGUGCCCUGCUGGGCUUCUCCCUGGUGGUUUUCUCCCUAUUUGCAGUCUACAGGAACCACGACCGCAUGAAGUCCAUGCUGAAGGAGGGCGAGUGCCCCAACAUGCAGCAGAAGAAACCCAGGCUAGUGGGGAAUCCCGCAGAGAACUUGCCUCUGAAUGGCAACAGCACAGUGCCAGCCUCUGUGUCAGACCACAAGGGUUACCAGACCCUCAAUGACAACUACAUCUGCAGCACACCGCCACAUGAGUGCUCAUCACCAGACAACAGCAAGAGCUUCUCGGAGUCAGAAAAGAGGCCUCUGAACUUGAAGGAGAGCACUGUAGAGAUCUCGCCCAUUUGCCCGCGGCCUCGGGUUAGACUGGGCUCAGAGAUCAAAGAUUCCAUUGUGUGAGGAUGGCUUUGAUCAACUUGAGCAGGAGAUAAAACCCUAAUGUGGAGUGAUUAACUAUUAGCCAUAAGAAAAGAGGGACUUAAAAUAAAAUAAAAACACAGAAGGAAGGAACACUGAAAAACAUUAACUUCUUUGCAGAGGGACAUUUCAUUACACUGCUUUUGCACUUUUGUCUUUUUCAUUUUGUCCCUGUGGUCAGUUCUCAUUUCCUUGUUGUCACUCCUCUUUCUCUAGUGCACCUGAAGCACAAUGAAGAGGAAGCUGAUACAGAUUGCCUUCAGACUAUUGAAGCUGUGGAAUGAUGGUUAUGGUGGACAUAGGACACAUACAGCUGAUAUUGUCCUUCUCUAACAGUUUUUAUAUGAUUCAGUCAUGUUGUUUUUAUGCAUUGCCACUCAGUCCGUCCAAAUGUUCUGUUGGCAUUGCAUUGAAAGUAGAGAUACUCUAUGGGUCCACAGCUGACCCUUAACCCUCCCACCUACAUCCACAGUUAGUGUGCGCUUAGCCCUACACUGAGAAUGAUAGUAGAAUAACAACCUCUAAUUCAAACACUAUAGUAAGUAGAUCAAUAGGCCUUUCACUGUUGACUUAGUUAUAACAGCAGUCUAUCAGCUAUUAAUUCAAAGUAGUUUAAACUGUGGAUGACCUUAGUGCAGCAUAACCAGACAGACAUUAGAAUGGAAUCCACUGAUCAAGAGAGGGCUGACCAUCCCAGAGAGACAUGGAGAGGAACCAAUGAGGAAGGAAUGAAAGAGGUAGGGACCACCUGGCAUGAGGUGUGGAAAAAGAGCAUACAUCAUAAUACUGGAGAGGUGUUGUUGUCGAGGUUCUCUGCUCUGCUCCACUAGGAGCUUAGAGAUUUAAGUCAAGACUUGAAUGACUAACAUGUCUUGUGAAGGAGGAAAGAGAGAAAGCAACACUAUCCCCCCAAAUGGAGAGUAGCACAGAUGGGGUUUGUACAUCCAAAGGUAUUGGAGGAUAUGGUGCCUAACAUGCUAACCAGACCGGACACGUCGCGUGUGCGAGCAUUGCAAAAUAAAUUCACACAUGCAUGUUAUUAAAUCAUUGCAC